AUGCCCAGUGAUGCUUCCCCGGCACAGACCCGGAGACAUGGGGCUCCGGUGUGGCCCAGUGAUUCACCGGCAGGACCGGCCCUCCAGAUGCCCUUGAGGACGGUGCCUGUCAUGAAUAACAGGAAUGAGAUAGUCCAAACAUACCAGGCAGUGCCUUUCAGUAGUAGUGAUCUUUUGAAUUGGAAAAAUAAUACUCCACCUUAUAGUGAAGAACCCCAAGCUAUGGCUAGGCUAUUGGAAGGGAUUAUGGCAACCCAUAAUCCCACCUGGCAAGAUUGCAGACAAUUGUUGAAUAUGUUGUUCACAUCAGAAGAGAGAAGAGCAGUGUUGAAUAAUGGGGUAGCCAUAGCCCAGGUUGGGGCCCCACAAGAUGAUGAUGCAGCCAAGUGGGGAGCACAGAGGUUUCCUGUGGAAAUAGAUCCCCAAUGGGACACCGUGCAACAAGGACAUUUGCAGAGACUGAAAGGAUUCCAGCGUAUAUUGGUAGAAGCGGUAAAGAGGGGCCCGCCGCAACCCAUCAACAUUAUAAAAAUUCAGGGAGUGGUACAGGAAAAAUCCGAGUCACCAACAGCCUUUUUGGAAAGGCUGGAGGCAGCAUACAGAAAGUAUAGCCCGUAUAAUUUGGAGGAUGAAAACGGUAGGAGGGCGAUUCAACAGUCUUUUAUCAGUCAGGCGGCUCUUGACAUCCGAAGAAAGAUUCAAAAGCAACCAGGAUUUCUAGGAAAGACUAUGAAUGAACUGUUGGCACUCGCAGAUCAGGUUUAUAUGGCGAGGGACCAGGUAGAAGAGGAGAAGAAGGACAGGAAGAAGAAGCAGGGAUACCAAGCAUUAGUUACCAUGAUGGAACAGACUGCAAGUGGACAGAGAGGAAGAGGAGGAUAUGCCAGAGGGGGACAAGGAGGAAGAAGAGGGCCCCCUCAGAGGUUAGGUCGAGACCAAUGUGCUAAAUGUAAGAAGUUUGGACACUGGAAAGGUGAAUGCCCAGAAGGAAAAGAAGGAAGUCAGGAAGGACCAAGAGGAAGAGGAAGGCCUGAGAGAGGAAGAAACCCAGGAAGGGGAAGAGGACUUGGAAACUACGUACCUUUUCCUGCGAGAGAGGUGAUAGCUGCAGCAGCUGUGAUGGAAGAAGAAUGGGAAGAUAUGGAUGAAGGAGAGGAAUGA